AUGCUCUCCUCCAUCUCCGGCUCCCGAUUCCUCCGUCGGUCCCGGGUACCUCAAUGCUGGCAAGCGCAAGGAUAUACUGGUAGUUCUCGGCAUAAUGGUGCCCUGUCGACCUUCAUUCGCACACAGUCAUUGACUACAACCAAGCGGAUCCGACCUUCUCAGCUCCAAUCGCACCGCACAUCCAUGCAGAUCAUCUCAAAGCGCAACGCGCAGGUACAAACAACGGAGCCCGAGACGCAGAAUGCAAAUGCAAACCCAGCAACACAUUAUAUCCCUCCGCGAACAGGACUGAUUGCAUCCCUGCCAAAGUCAUGGAUUCCCUAUGCCGAACUAGUCCGCCUGGAUAAGCCCACUGGUACCUACUACCUCUUCUUCCCGACCCUCUUCUCCACGCUUCUCGCCGCACCAAUGGCCACCGAUAUAACACCGAUACAUGUUCUGGGAACAGUUGCGCUCUUCUUCAGUGGUGCUUUGAUCAUGCGUGGCGCCGGAUGUGCAAUCAACGACCUUUGGGACAGGAACCUGGACCCUCAUGUCGAACGAACCAAAUAUCGCCCAAUUGCGCGAGGAGCGCUUUCGCCUAAGAAAGCUGUGCUCUUUACGGGUUCGCAGUUGCUAGCUGGACUUGGGGUCUUGGUAUCAUUUCCUUCUCAAUGUCUUUGGUAUGGAAUCCCUAGUAUGCCUCUUGUCGUGGCAUACCCAUUGGCUAAGCGGGUGACCCACUACCCCCAAGCUGUCUUGGGUCUAGCCUUCUCGUGGGGGGCAAUGAUGGGCUUUCCAGCCCUGGGUGUGGAUUUGCUUUCUAAUAAUGAUGCAUUGAUGGCCGCGGGGGCCCUGUAUACCAGCUGUGUUGCAUGGACUGUCCUCUACGAUAUGAUCUAUGCGCACAUGGACAUCAAGGAUGAUGUGAAGGCCGGAAUCAAGUCCAUCGCCCUCCGCCAUGACAAGGACACCAAGGCCAUUCUGACUGGUCUGGCCACAGUUCAGGUCGGACUUUUGGGAGCAGCCGGUGUUGCUGCAGGAUGUGGACCGGUCUUCUUCGUUGGCAGCUGCGGCAGUGCCAUCCUGUCCCUUGGCCUGAUGAUCUGGAAAGUUCAGUUGAAGAAUGUUCGAAACUGCUGGUGGUGGUUUGUGAAUGGGUGUCUCCUCACGGGUGGUGGCAUCUCGUUGGGUCUUCUUGGUGAGUAUACCGCGCAAUACCUGGGUUUGUACAAUAGCGACAAAGGACUUUCCGAGUCCGAGUCAACACAGCAAUAG